AUGGCGGUGCUGUACUUUUUUCGGGAACCUGAGACCCUCUACGACUGUGCCAGCUUCAUCUGCGGCCUCCAGUUCGUGAUGUGCUGCAACGGGUUCAGUGGACGGGGCACCGGUUUCGCGAUUACCCGCUGGAAGAGGAUCUAUUCGCUGGGCAUGGCAGGACUGGCGGUCCUGGUCCUGUUCGUCUCGCUCAGCGGUCUGUUGGGGAGCGAGGAGAUCCGCAGCCGAAUGGCAGCCGUCGACAAGAUGGUGCUGAGCAUUGCGGCUCUGGAGGUGGUCAUGUCCACGCUGGUGUUUGUCGUCACGGUGGUGUCCCUGCAGGCGGCCGCCCGCCGCCACAUUAGCAUCUAUGUGCGCCUGUCCGCUAUGGAUACGCUGCUGAUGCGGGACUUUGGAGCCAGCCUUAAUUACCGGAAGCUGCUCAGGAAGAACAUUGUGGUGCUCGUGACCGUCACCGUGCUCUACCUGGGGGCCAUCACAAGCGCGGUGAUCCAGAUGGCCAGCGGGCACCGCACCUUGUUCCUGCUGUCAGCCUACUGUUACGUCAUCGUGACGGCGGGCCCUCACUUCACGGGCUACGUCCACAUGAGUCUCGUCGAGCUGCUCUCUAUCCGCUUCCGGCUGCUCCAGAAGAUCCUCAGCCCAAAGUUUCUGGAGUGGCGGUUCCCGCAGCGGCAGCUCAGAGAGCAGCGCGUCCGACAGGCCGUGGCCAUGGUCCAAGAGCUCCAUCAGCUCAUCGCGGAGAUCAAUCGGGUGUACGCGUUCAGUCUGUGGAUGUCGAUGGCCCACGACCUGGCCAUCACCACCAGCGAGCUCUACAUCAUCUUCGGCAUGGGUGUGGCGAGCAUGGAGGAGCGCGAAGAUGAGGAAAUGCAGCUGAAUCUGAAGCGGGAGCAGCACAAAGGCAGCCGGGUUUUGCUGGGCUACGUGGCACUCUGCAUGGCCGCUCCUCUGUAUAAGCUGCUCAUCGGACCCUUCUACUGCGAACGCGCAGUCCUCGAGGCCCGGCGGUGCCUCCGCCUCAUCGAGCAGCUGGACAACUGGUACCCCACCAGUCCCGCCACGAGGCAGCUGGUUAACUCUCUGAUGUGCUGGCGCUUGCAAUCCCGUCCGCAGUUCACAAUCGGCUUAGACAUUCUCCUCAAUCGAACGGUCCUAACUCUGUUCGUCACGAUUCUGGUGAACUAUCUGCUCAUUCUCAUCCAGUUCGCUAUGACCCAGAAGAUGGGCGAACAUAUUGAGCAGCAGAAGGUGGCCCUGCAGAACUGGAUCGGUAUAUAA